AUGGGAGACCUGGAUCCUGACGACGUCACUAUGGACCCUGACCCAUUGGGUGAAGGUGUCAAUGUCGUAGUGCCACCCGAACCCUAUUUCCCUUCUACUCUAAAUCGGUCGAGCUUGUCCUCGAUGAAAGGCAAGCGUGGGGGUCCGAAGCGAAAGAAGUCCCGGCAUCAUGAAACUCUUCCUUUGAGGACAGCUCGCCCGCUAUUCCAACGUGAUAGGUGCACGAUCACCAUGACUCAAGGCGAUCCAGAGGCAUCAGAAAGGCGGAGGCGGAUGUACAUUAUCGCUAGUGACCUCAGCGAGGAGAGUCGUUAUGCUGUUGAAUGGGGUAUCGGCACAGUGAUUCGAGACGGCGAUCAUUUGCUCAUCGUUACGGUUGUCGAAAACGAGGCUAAAGUUGACCCACCGAUCCCCAACCCAGCGGAUCGCUCCACUAGACUUCGUUCUCAACAGGAACGUCAAGGCCUUGCCUAUAUCCUCGUCCGUCAAGCAACGGCGCUCUUACAACGUACGCACUUGAACGUGACCGUCUCCUGCCAAGCGUGGCACUCGAAGAACUCGCGCCACAUGCUCCUCGAUAUUGUUGAUUAUAACGAACCCACGAUGCUGAUUGUGGGAUCCCGAGGUUUGGGUCAGAUCAAGGGUAUUCUCUUGGGCUCAACGUCACACUAUCUCAUUCAGCGAUGCUCCGUUCCGGUUAUGGUUGCCCGUCGCCGGCUCAAGCGCCCGCCGAAGCGCUCUGCUCACCUUGCCAAGAACCGCAUGCACGUCUCCCUUGCAGAGGCCGGGAUCGACAGAGUCGCCCCUAAGGUUGACCAGGAUGUCGCGGUCAUGCGGGACGAGAUGCAGCGUGAUGACGAUCGGCGAGGUAAGGAGGGGGAGAGAGUUAUCGACGAGGAUGGGGAGGAGCCUGGGGAGGAGGGCGAAGGAGACGGCGCGGAGGGUGAAGGGUACUUGGGCACUAAGGUUGGGGGAUCAUGA